AUGUUUCCAGGUCAAGGAAGACACACAUAUGGUGGACAACAACAACCACCGCAAGGAUACGGGCCCCCAUCUGGCCCUCCACCUGGUCAACAGUAUGGUAACUACGGACCCCCAUCUGGUCCUCCACCUGGUCAACAGUAUGGUAACUACGGACCCCCUUCUGGUCCUCCACCUGGUCAACAGUAUGGUAACUACGGACCCCCUUCUGGUCCUCCACCUGGUCAACAACAAUAUGGUGGCUAUAAUCGACAAGAUCAAUACGGUGAUACACGUGCACAACCUGGUAUGAAUGGAGAACCAGACUACGGACAUCAAUAUGGUUCUGGAAGUUAUUCACGUCCACCUGCCAAUCAACAAUCUUUUGGUGUGGAAAAUUACAACUAUCAGUAUUCCAUGUGUAAUGGUCGCAAAAAGGCAUUGUUAGUGGGUAUUAACUACUUGGGUUCUCAAAACCAAUUGAAUGGUUGUAUAAAUGACGUCAACAAUGUUGAACAAUUCUUGCUUCGUCAUGGUUUCAGUGACGAUAAUAUUGUCAAGCUCACUGACGAUCAGCGUACGCAACGUGCUAUUCCAACUAGACAAAACAUUUUGGAUGCUAUUCAAUGGUUGGUUAAAGAUGCUAGACCCAAUGAUUCUCUUUUCUUUCACUAUUCCGGUCAUGGGGGUCAAACUGAAGAUCAACCGGAUCAAUAUGGAAAUUAUGACGAAGAUGAUGGGUACGAUGAGGUUAUCUACCCAUUAGACUUCCAAACCAAUGGAUUUAUUGUUGAUGAUUUAUUGCAUGACAUGAUGGUAAAGACGAUACCACCGGGCUGCAGAUUGACGGCAAUUUUUGACUCUUGUCAUUCUGGUUCAGUUUUGGACUUGCCAUAUAUGUACUCAACCAAGGGUGUGUUGAAAGAGCCCAACGUUAUGGCCGAAGCAGGCCAAGGUUUGUUAAAAGCUGGUAUGUCGUAUCUUACUGGAGAUAGAGUCGACAUGGUUAAAGGGUUGGGUUCAGCAGUCAAAAGCUUUAUGAAUAAAGGAAGGGCAUCGAAAGCAAAUGAAUACAGUAAACAAACGAAAACUGCUCCAUGUGAUGCUAUUUCAUUUAGUGGUUGUAAAGACGACCAAACAAGUGCUGACGCCAAAGAGGGCGGACAAUCAACUGGUGCAAUGAGUUAUGCGUUUCUCACUGUGAUGAACCAGAAUCCUAACCAAUCGUACUUGAGUUUGUUGCAAAAUAUGAGACAAAUUUUGCAAGCAAAAUACAGUCAAAAACCACAAUUGACGGCUUCACAUCCUAUUGAUUGUAAUUUGCAAUUUAUCUUCUAG